CGUUCACUGCAAAGUGUGUCAAAGUUGUUGUGUUGAGAAAUCAUUCAACAUGGCUGGUGUGUUUGACAACCCCGUGUUCCCCUACUUUGCGUUCUAUGCCACAGUGGUUGUUUUAAAAACCAUGGCAAUGAGUGUUGUCACUUCAUUUCACAGAUUGACCAAAAAGGUAUUUGCAAAUCCUGAGGACACUGCGGGCAUGGGAGUGAAACCAUCGACACAUGAAUCAGUUGAGAGGGUCCGCAGGUGCCAUCUGAAUGACCUUGAGAACGUCAUCCCCUUUGUUCUGAUUGGUCUGCUGUACACAGCAACUGGCCCAAGUCUCGGCUCCGCCCUCCUGCACUUUCGCAUCUUCACAGGUGCCCGGAUCUUACACACCAUCGCCUAUCUGUUACCCUUGCCUCAGCCAUCACGAGUCCUUGGCUUCUUUGUUGGCAUCUUGGUCACAAUGUCCAUGGCUUGGAGCAUCUUGUCUAAUUCUAAAUAUUAGCUCCCCAAUAAACUGUCAUACUGUAGGAUGUAAGGCUUUGUAAAAUGGUGGGAAAUAAUAAAUUGAUUGCUUAAAUGGCCUUUAAAAGAGAACUGUGGAUGAGUACCACAUUGUCCAUGGCUCCAGUUGCAAGGCCUUUGUUCACACAGGAAGAGGACACCAUGGAAUCUACCCUUUCUUUAGCAAGCUUAGAUGAAGAACUUAAUCAUUAUGUGACAUGUUGCAACAAAUAUAAUAGGAAAUGGACUAGUUUGUAACAACCAAAUGAAUUCUUUGAAUGGCACUGCGAAUCGAGACGCAUAAGAGAGAGAAUGUUCAUGGAUGUCAACUUCUGUAUGCUGAGGAACAACAUUUCGGAGGAUAUGCUCUCUGCAUCUCAGCAUACAUUCACCUGAUGGAGUAGGCAUAUAUUCCGGAAGGCUGUGUUCUUCAUAAUGAAGAAAUUGACUUCCAUAAAUAUUCCUCCCUCAAAUGCACAAUGUUUCUCAGACUCUUGCCAGUCAUUUUAUAUUCAGUCUGAGUUUACCUUUCUUUACCAAAACAUUGUGCACCCGUUGUAUAGCAAUACAUACUAUGCAUUUCACAGAGUCUCUAGUGUUUCCCGGGUGGCUGUAACUAGCAUAACAUCCCCUGUGUCCUCUAACCUAUAUAUGUUUCUGCCCUACAAUAUCCCAUCUCCGCUCCCUGAAAACUAAAAACAAAUGAUUCAGGGUUGUGAUUCAACUGCAAAGUACUGCAGCAGGAUACGAAUCGUAUCGCACCCAUAGUAUCGGGAUACAAAUCGUAUUGCACCCAUAGUAUCGGGAUAUGAAUCGUAUCGCACCCAUAGUAUCGGGAUAUGAAUCGUAUCGCACCCAUAGUUUCGGGAUACGAAUAGUAUCGCACCCAUAGUAUCGGGAUAUAAAUCGUAUCGCACCCAUAGUAUCGGGAUAUGAAUCUUAUCGCACCCAUAGUAUCGGGAUACGUAUCGUAUCGUUUCGUAUCGCUGCCCCACCUGAAGUCGGAAUGUGACAUUAGAUGAGUGAGAGACCAAAUAUUUGAGGCAAUAUUCACUGCAUGGCCUGGUGAAGAAUGUAUUGUUGGUAAAAACAAUCGUUUGGCUCCUACUUUGAAAUCAGGGACAGUUCAGUGUUCUGUUGAUAUCUAACAGAAACGUGUAAUUUGUGGCUGUGCCUUCACGGAAGGUUCUCAAGUGUGUUGUACUAUCACUUUAAUGAUUUUGUAUUUAUUAGAUGAUGUUGGAGAUGUAAAUUUUGUUGGCUAUAUUAAAAGUUUGAACAGAA